AUGGCGACCCCGCGAGGUCCUGCGCCCCCUGCACAGACCCCGCGGGGCCCGACAGCAGCAGCAGCAGCAGCUGCCGCUGCAGCAGCUGCUGCUGCUGUCGUACUGCCGCAGCCCUGCACCCCCAGCAGCCGCAAGGCCAGUCUUCGAGCUGUGUCCCACGCGCUUCAGCGAGCUGCGCCUUGCAGCAGCAGAAACAGCAGCAGCAGCAGCAGCAGUAUCUCAACUGCUUGUGACAGCAGCAGCAGCGUCAAUACAGGGUGCAACAGCAGCAGCAGAAGGGCAUCUGCGGGUAGUGGCAUCAGCAGCAACAGCACGCAGGCAGAGGCAGCAACAAAACACAAAUCUGCCCCCUCGCCUUGGUCUUGCAUGAAGCAACAGCAACAGGAACAGAAGCAUCAGCAGCAACAGCAGCAGCAUGGAGGCCGUAAAUCAGUGGCUUGCAGCAGUUCGCCUGAAUCAGCAGCUCCCGACUGGCCAACAGCAGCAGCAGCAGCAGCAACAACUUCUCCGUGCCAUUCGAAUGCUGCAGCAGCACCAGGUGCCUCAGCAGCACCGAAGGCAGCAGCAGAUGCAUCGCGGGGCUGUCCCGAGACGAACUGCAGCGAUACACCACGCGCAGCAGCAGCGUCAGUGGAUGCAAGAGCAGCAGCAGCAGCAGCGGGUGCUGCUGCUUCUGCUGCAGCUGCGGGAUCUCUUAAGGUUCGUGCUGCAGUUGCUGCAUGCAAGCGUCAGCAGCCGUCUGUGCUGCCGUCUCUAUUGCGACGCGGCGCAGGCCCUACAUUGUCGUUGAAGGCGGAGCGUCCAGCAGCAGCAACACCUGGUGCAGCAGCAGCAGCAACUGCUGCUGCAACGGGAGAUGCUGGUGCGGGGGGAACAGCAGCAGCUCCUGCUGCAGGAUGUGGUCGAGGUCUGUGGCUGAGCAUGCAGCAGCAGCAGCAGCAAGCAGCUGCUUGCCUGCACGCUGCAGGGCUGAUGCUGGGCGUGCAGCCAUCCGCGCAUGCAGCAGCAGCAGCUGCUGCUGCUGCUGCUGCUGUUGCUGCAGCUUCAUGCGCUUCCAGAGACACAGGGAUGCACUCAGCAGCAGAGCCAAGUCGAAUGAACCCCUCGGGGACGCAUUUGGGAUCGGUACCGAUGCAGCAGCAACAGCAGCAACAACAGCAGCAGAUAACUGUACCUAGCAGCAGCACCAGCAGCACCGGCAGCAGCAGUGGGCUGCCGGCGGCUGGUGCAUCCCCAUACUCUGCUCGCCUGCGCGACGCCUUGUGA